UUUGGUUGUGGUACCAAUUACGACGCGAACCGUAUUUAAAUCUGAGUUUAAUAGAUAAUAAAUAUGCAAAUCUAUUAUAAUUUGUAACCAUUCUACUAAUCAUUAAUCAGUGUUCAAUAAGUGGUAGGCGAGAAUUAUUCUAUAAUUUCCAUAGUUGUACGUUAUGGCCUACGAGUUAUGACUACUCGCUUAUCGCUUGUUGAUAAUUAAUAGUAUCAGUGAUUUCUAUUUGCUAUUGCUUAUUUUUCUAAUGUUUGUUACAUCUUAAGGCUGCAAAUACUAAAUUUCUUUACUCUUUAAUCUGUGAUUAGUUACAUUUUAAAGAGAUUGCUGGUAUAAUAAAUUAAAAUCUCAGAGUUUAAAUAUAUUUUAUCGAUAAUAUGCCUCGACUAUCUAAAGAAGAAAUUGCUAAGCAGUUUAUGCUCCCAGAGCGUAAAUCUAAAAUUGCAACUCUACUUAAACAAGAUGGACAAGCGUAUUGCAUUUGUCGAUCAUCAGACAGUUCUAGAUUUAUGAUUGGAUGUGAUGCAUGUGAAGAUUGGUAUCAUGGUGAUUGUAUUGGAAUAACAAGAAAGCAGUCUAAACUCAUCAAGCAUUAUUUUUGUGAUAAAUGUAAAUCAGAAGAUCCUUCAUUGAAAACAAUAUUCAAAACAUCAUUAAGUCGUAGUGAUUUCAAAGAAAAAAAUGUUCAUUAUGUUGGAAGCAAACGAGAUAAUCGUGAAAAAUAUCGACCAAAACAUAGAUCUUGUGGUCGUUGUGACAAUUGUAAGCGAGUUGAAAAUUGUGGUUUAUGUUUGGGAUGUUCUGAAAUGCGAAGAUUUGGUGGCUCAGAUUUAUGUGAAAAUAAAAUAUGUUUAAAUAUAAAUAAACAAGAAAAUAGGUCUUUAUCAAAGUCUACUAAGAGAAAACAUAAGGAUUCCAGUUCUGAUGGUGAUCAUAUAAGUUUACCAUUGUUAAACCGUAAUCAUUGUUAUGGUCCUGGAUGUACUCAAAUUGCAAGAUAUAAUUCCAAGUACUGUUCAGACAAAUGUGGUUUGAGUUUAGCUAAUACUAGAAUUUUUCAUGUAUUACCUCCAAGACUUCAAGAAUGGGGCUUAUCGCCAUGUAUUGCAGAAGAAACAAAUAAAAAGAAUCUCGAAGUAGUUAGAAAAGAACAAUUGGAAGUUAGAGACAUAUUGAAAGAAUUGGAUAAAAGACAUAAAGAGCUUGAUAAGUUGUUAGAAAAAGCAAAAUUAUUAUCUGUUGAUGUAAAUCAAGAAGUUCAAGAUAUCGAUGAAGAAAUGAGUAUGCAUUGUGUCACUUGUGGACAUGAAAUACAUACAAGAACUGCUGUAAAGCAUAUGGAAAAAUGUUUUAAUAAGUAUGAAAGUCAAUCAUCAUUUGGUUCAAUUUACCAAACUAAAAUUGAUGGCAACAAUAUGUUUUGUGAUUUUUAUAAUUCUUCGCAAGGAACUUAUUGUAAGAGAUUAAGAGUUUUAUGCCCAGAACAUUUUAAAGAUUCAACUGUCAUUAGUGAUACUGAGGUAUGUGGUUGUCCGCUCGUUUCAAAUGUUUUCAAUUUAACUGGAGAAUUUUGCCGUGUGCCUAAGAAAACAUGCAUCAAACACUAUUGUUGGGAUAAAUUAAGGAGAGCAGAAAUUGAUAUGGAAAGAGUUCGCCAGUGGUUGAAACUGGAUGAGUUAAUUGAGAAGGAACGACAGAUACGUAAUAAAAUGUCUUCAAGAGCAGGGGUCUUAGCAUUAAUGCUACACUCUACUUAUGACCAUGAAUUAAUGGAACGUCUAACAGCGGAAGCAAAUAAUUCUCAACAUCAACGUGAAAAUAAUUCUUGAAUUUCUUUAAAAUCAACUCAUGUAACUGUUGAAUACUGUUUGAUGUGAAUUUAAAAUAGAGGACAAUGACCUCUUGGGUUUUAUUCACCCUAAAUUUUUCUUUAAUUGUAUUGAUUUUUUUUAUUCCAAUUUAAUACUGAAUUUAUAAAUCAAUCACAUGGUUUGUCGAUUGACCUUGCUUUUAUAUUUAUUAAACUAAUGAAUAAUUCAA